UAACGAGGACUAGGAGGAAGUGUGGGCCCCUGUAUAACUGGCUGGGAGACCCCGCCCCAGCCUCUUUCCGCUCCGAGCUCCGACCGGUUAACACACGGCCGAGGAGACACUAUGGCAGACUGGGAGACUGUUCCGGUUGGGUCCGAGACCCCUGAGAUUAAACUGUUUGGGAAGUGGAGCACAGAUGAUGUCCAGAUUAAUGACAUCUCUCUGCAGGAUUACAUUGCCGUGAAGGAGAAAUAUGCAAAGUUCCUGCCACACAGUGGUGGACGUUAUGCUGCCAAACGCUUUCGCAAGGCUCAGUGCCCUAUUGUGGAGCGUCUCACAAACUCCCUCAUGAUGCACGGGAGGAACAACGGCAAAAAGCUCAUGACAGUGCGAAUUGUAAAGCACGCCUUUGAAAUCAUCCACCUGCUGACAGGAGAGAACCCUCUGCAAGUCCUGGUGAAUGCCAUCAUUAACAGCGGCCCUCGUGAAGACUCCACUCGUAUUGGAAGAGCUGGAACCGUAAGGAGACAAGCUGUUGAUGUGUCACCUCUCAGAAGAGUUAAUCAGGCCAUCUGGCUCCUGUGCACCGGUGCUCGUGAAGCUGCUUUUAGGAACAUUAAAACCAUUGCAGAGUGUGUUGCUGAUGAGCUGAUCAAUGCAGCCAAGGGCUCCUCUAAUUCAUACGCCAUCAAGAAAAAGGAUGAACUGGAGAGAGUAGCCAAAUCCAACCGUUAAUGCGCCAGCAGCCUAAUAGGAACAUCGGGCAUCUGUUAUAAUAAAGAUUUCUGUUAUCUAUUUCUUGAGUC